AUAUAUAGUUUCAGAGACAUCUGUUGAGUGCCAUUUCCAGAGCAGCAGCUGUGGAAUUGUACAAGAUGAUCGGAAUACUACCCAUCCUGUUCCUGGUGGGAGCCGUCAAAGGUGGAGAGGUCUGUUACUCCAGAAUCGGAUGUUUUACGGACAAUGUCCCCUGGUCUGGCACAGUGGAGAGAUUGUCUGCCCAGUUACCCUGGUCUCCAGAGAAGAUUAAUCCCCGAUUUCUGCUUUAUACCAAGGCCAACAACAACAACUUUCAGGAAAUUAGCGCAGUGAACCCUUCCACUAUUUCUGCCUCAAACUUUAGGACAAACAGGAAGACCCGAUUCAUCAUUCAUGGCUUCAUCGAUAAAGGAGAAGAGAGCUGGCUGAGUAACAUGUGCAAGACAAUGCUGCAAGUGGAAGAUGUGAAUUGUAUCUGUGUGGAUUGGGUGGGAGGAUCCCGCACCCUCUACAGCAUAGCAGCUAAUAAUAUCCGAGUUGUGGGGGCCGAAGUGGCCUAUUUUGUGGACAUUCUCCAGAAAAACUUUGGCUACGCUCCCGCAAACGUGCACGUCAUCGGACACAGUCUGGGCUCCCAUGCUGCAGGAGAAGCUGGCAAGAGGAAGAGAGGAAUCGGCAGGAUUACUGGUCUGGAUCCAGCUGAACCCUAUUUCCAGGGAACCCCAAGCGAGGUCAGACUGGACAUUACAGAUGGAAAUUUUGUUGAUGUAAUCCACACAGAUGCUGGUCCGGUGAUCCCCAAUCUCGGUCUUGGGAUGAGUCAGGUAGCCGGACAUUUGGACUUUUUCCCGAAUGGAGGAGAGCAAAUGCCUGGAUGUUCCAAGAACGCCCUCUCUCAGAUUAUUGACCUCGAUGGUAUCUGGCAAGGUACCCGGGAUUUCGUAGCUUGCAAUCACCUAAGAAGCUAUAAGUACUACACAGAGAGCAUUCUGAAACGUGAUGGCUUUGCAGGAUACCCCGCCUCCAACUACAACACUUUCACCUCUGGCACCGGGUUCCCAUGUGCUAGUAGUGGAUGCGCCUUGAUGGGUCACUAUGCUGAUUCCUACACCAAGGUCACUUCUUCAAGCCAGAGGUUCUACUCCAACACUGGAGACCAGAACAAUGCCUUUUCACGUUGGCGUUACAAGGUGAGCGUGCAGACUACCGGAGCCAGCGUGCAGGGAUACUUUCACGUUUCUCUCUUUGGCCCCAAUGGAAACACUCGUCAGUAUCAGGUCUACAAGGGAAGCAUUAGCUCAUCCAAUACCUAUUCAGGCUUCAUUGACGUGGAGAUGGAUCCAGGAGCUCUGAACAGAGUAAAGUUUGUCUGGAACAACAAUGUUAUUAAUCCUCUAUUUCCCUCAAUUGGAGCCUCCUCUAUAACGGUACUGGAUGGCAGAAAUGGCAGAUCGUACCGUUUCUGUGGCAGUGGAACAGUGAGAGAAGAGGUCCUCCAGACUCUGAACCCCUGUUAAAAUGUAAUUUGUUUCUACAAUAAAGAUUUGUUCUGAAAA